AUGGAUGGCAGUGAUGCAAUGGCGGUCAGACGCUAUCCGACAACCGCCCAGAGUUUACUAGUUAAGUAUACGGGUGAACGAGGCAAAAAGGAAGGAUCCAGAGAAGCAUGGACCGUUGGUCUUCCUAGCAGGAAGAGGGAUGCUGUUAACGAAGGCAGAUUGUUGUUGGUGGUGUGGACGAAACAAGAGGAGCUGAUGUAUGCUAGUUAG